AAAAAAGUUAUUUAGUUCACAUUUGGGGUCAUUACCUGUCCGCUUUAAAGAGCUUAUUUUUCCUUGAAUUAGUCAGUUUGAAGGGCAGAUUUGAAAUAACUUGGAUUAUGAAUAUGAUUCAGACUAAAUAUUUUUUUCCCUGUACUUUGAAUGGUAGGAUUUGUGUCAGCUACUUUGAAAAUAGCAACAAAUUCGAUUGUAGUAGCGGUAUUAAAAGAAAGUAUCUCAUUUUGGCUUUUGUUCACGAUGUCGAGUUUGGAGGAGCCACUCGGUUUUGACAAGCUUCCUAGCAUGAGUACUAUUGAUAGGAUUCAGAGGUUCUCCGCUGGUGCUUGUCGACCCAGCGCUGAUGAAACGGGCAUGGGAAACUCGUGGAUUGAUGGGAGGAGUUGCAGAACAUCUAAUAGCUGCAAUGAGGAUCAUGAAGAAUAUACAGGGGAGACAUUCCCAUGGAGAAGGCAUGUGAGGGAUGUGUCUGAAGGAGAAGCUUUUAACCAAAGGGCUAAAAGCUUAAGCAAGAAUAGGGUGAAACUUGGACAUGUUAUUAAAUCAAGGACACGGUCAGAUCAGCAGUAUAGCUCCAAGUGCAAUGACAGAGCCAUACGGGACAUAACACACAAGUUUUUCAAAGGUAUGCCAAAGUUUGUGAAGAUAGUGGAAGUUGGUCCGAGGGAUGGAUUACAGAAUGAGAAGAAUAUUGUGCCUACGUCUGUGAAGGUUGAAUUGAUUCGGAGAUUGGUGGCUUCAGGGUUGCCUGUUGUUGAAGCUACAAGUUUUGUAUCUCCUAAAUGGGUUCCUCAGUUAGCAGAUGCAAAAGAUGUAAUGAAAGCAGUUUGCGACAUAGAGGAUGCCAGAUUGCCCGUUCUAACUCCUAAUUUGAAGGGUUUUGAAGCUGCUGUUGCAGCAGGUGCAAAAGAAGUAGCAGUCUUUGUAUCUGCUUCAGAGUCUUUUUCCAAGUCAAACAUUAAUUGUUGCAUUGAAGAAAGCCUAGUACGUUACCGUGCUGUUUGCCUUGCUGCUAAGGAGCAUUCAAUUCCAGUGCGUGGGUAUGUUUCAUGUGUGGUGGGAUGUCCAGUCGAAGGAGUAAUUCCUCCGUCCAAAGUGGCCUUCGUGGCAAAGGAACUUUACGAUAUGGGUUGUUUCGAAAUUUCCCUUGGUGAUACAAUUGGAGUUGGUACCCCUGGUACUGUGGUUCCGAUGCUUGAAGCUGUAAUGGCAGUCGUUCCCUCUGAAAAGCUUGCUGUUCAUUUCCAUGACACUUAUGGACAAUCUCUUUCAAAUAUUUUAAUCUCUCUCCAAAUGGGGAUUAGUACCGUGGAUUCCUCGGUAGCGGGAUUGGGUGGCUGCCCGUAUGCAAAGGGAGCUUCAGGGAAUGUUGCUACCGAAGACUUGGUGUAUAUGCUUAACGGCCUUGGCGUGAGAACCAACGUGGAUCUGACGAAGCUCAGGUUGGCCGGUGAUUUCAUCAAUGAACAUCUGGGUCGUCAAUCUGGCUCGAAGACCGCAGUUGCACUGUGCCGGGCAACCACUGAUGCUUCCAAGAUGUAAUAAUAUACAUACAGUUAUAAUUAUAAUUCUAGGGGGUGUUCCUUAAAAUGUAUAAUGUACAAUUGGUGUACGAAAUAAAAGAACAAACUCGGCUGUAUACGUAGCAGUAGUCUUUAUUUUUGCAAGGGGAGAUGUAUUAAGAGUGUGAGGAAAAGCUCCACUAUUGUAAGGCAUUGGAACUUCUGCAUUUUUCCUUGAAUAAAAGAUUCAUUAAAGUUUA